CGCGCUCAAACAUAAAAGACGGACUUGGCUGUGAAAGGGGGGGGGCGGAUUGUAGGCAACUUUUUUUUUUCAAAAUUUGCCCCAUCUCAGGAAUUUGACAGUUUUGGGAGACUGCGAUGACGUCUCGUAGACGUUUUGACUUUAUUUGGGAAGAUAUGACUCCAGUGGGGCUUAAGGAAGCAUCUUUCAUGGAUAUCUAUGGCUGAUAUGGUGAAGAAGGCCUAAUUCUUACCUUGAUGUAAUGCCUGCAUAGUAGGUGGUUCCACCCCAACAUCAGCGGAAUGGAGGCGGAGCAGAUCCUGCUGACGAGGGGUGUCCACGGCAGCUUCCUGGCCCGGCCGAGCAAGAGCAACCCCGGGGACUUCACGCUGUCCGUCAGGCGGAACGAUGAGGUCACUCACAUCAAGAUCCAGAACUCGGGGGACUACUACGACCUGUAUGGCGGGGAGACGUUCGCCACGCUGGCAGAGCUGGUGCAGUACUACACCGAGCAGCACGGCCUGCUGCGGGAGAAGAACGGUGACGUCAUCGAGCUCAAGUACCCCCUCAACUGCAAAGACCCCACCUCCGAGAGAUGGUACCACGGGCAUCUGUCAGGGCGCGAUGCGGAGAAACUGCUGAUGGAGAAGGGCAAGCCGGGCAGCUUCCUGGUGAGAGAGAGCCAGAGCAAACCUGGCGACUUUGUCCUCUCCGUCCUCACCAACGAGGAGAAGCAGGAAAACAUGGACCGCAGGACCAAGGUCACGCACGUCAUGAUCCGCUGUCAGGAUGGGAAGUAUGACGUUGGUGGAGGGGAGAGGUUUGACACCCUGGCAGACCUGGUGGAGCACUACAAGAAGAACCCCAUGGUGGAGAAGAGUGGGAUUGUGGUGCACCUAAAACAGCCCUUCAACGCCACCAGGAUAAAUGCAGCCAACAUUGAGAACAGGGUCCGAGAGCUCAACAAAAUGGCCGACAAUUCUGAGAAGCCAAAACAAGGGUUCUGGGAGGAGUUUGAGGUGCUGCAACAGCAGGAAUGUAAGCUCCUGUACCCUAGGAAAGAGGGACAGAGGCCAGAGAACAAGAGCAAAAACAGAUACAAGAACAUCCUACCCUUCGACACCACUCGGGUGGAGCUGAAGGACGUGGAAGCAGAGAGGCCUGGUUCUGACUACAUCAACGCCAACUACAUCCAAAACUUAAGUGAAGAAGGACACUCUGUGGAUGAGGGAAAAGUAUACAUUGCCACCCAGGGCUGCCUGCAGAACACCAUUGUAGACUUCUGGAAGAUGGUGUACCAAGAGAACACUCAUGUUAUCGUCAUGACAACCAAGGAGAUGGAGCGAGGCCGGAACAAGUGUGUGCGGUACUGGCCGGACAUCAAGUGCACAAAGGAGUUUGGAAAAGUGCGGGUGAAGAACAUUGAGGAGCGGCCGGCACAGGACUACGUUCUGCGGGAGCUGGAGGUCACUCGACUGGACCGGAGUGACCCUCCCAGGUACAUCUGGCACUACCAGUACCUGACCUGGCCAGACCACGGUGUCCCGAAUGAGCCAGGGGGGGUCCUGAGCUUCCUUGACCAGGUGAACCGGGCCCAGAGUGCUUUUCCCCGGACCGGCCCCAUUGUGGUCCACUGCAGUGCAGGGAUUGGAAGAACUGGAACCAUCAUAGUCAUUGACCUUCUCAUCGACAUCAUUAAUAGACAAGGGCUGGACUGUGACAUCGACAUCCCGAAGACCAUCCAGAUGGUGCGACAGCAGCGCUCCGGCAUGGUGCAGACGGAGGCCCAGUACAAGUUCAUCUACAUGGCCGUCCAGCAGUACAUCGACACUGCACAGAAGAGGCUGGAGGAGGAGCAGAGGAGUAAAAUGAUGGAGCGAGAGUACUCGAAUAUUAAGUAUCCUCAAGUGACGAACUCCAGGCAGACGACCAUCACCAUCUCACGGUCAUCCUCCUCUGUGAUGACUGAUGACUCUGCGUCCGUGUAUGAGAACCUGACCAUCAAAAACCCAAAGAAGUCUGGGAGCGUUAACAGCAGGAGAUAAGAGGUGUGGGGGCCCUGUCGUUCUCCUCUUCCUGCAAAAUAAGAGCUGUUUGUCAACUCCCGACUGACGGACUGGUCUGCCGAGGGCACGCCGAAGGGCUGAAGAUCUGAAGAUACUAUGGAGACACGAGCUGACAUGCAGAAGUCUCCCACCACAGAAAGGAGUGUGGUGACCCCUCUCCCUCUCUCUCUCUCUCUCUCUCUCUCUCUCUCCCUCCCUCCCCCUCUCCCUCUCCCUCUCCCCCUCCCCUCCCCCUCUCUCUCUCUCUCUCUCUCUCUCUCUCUCUCUGUCUCUCACUCCCCUCUCUCUGUCUCUAUCUCAUGCCCUUACCAGCUUGCAUUCGCAUAUGAAAGUGCCUCUUCCACAGCUAAGCCUGUUUUAAGCUCUGGUCCAACUAACAGUGAACCUAGGAGAAAUACUUGUUCUCUGACCCAACUAGUCUCCCUUAGUUGUAAUAGACUAACAGAAAUAUAUGCAAUUCUAUAUUUAUUGUAUUACUGGGGUUAUCCAAAGGGUUAUCCACUGCUGCUCAGCAUGUUGUCCGGCCUACUGGAUACUGGACUCUACUUUAGCAUGACCACAAAGACCUCUGUCUUAUGUGGUUUUCAUUUUCUUGGUGAUCAGGAGUGGUUAAGUAGAGUGAGGUGAUCAGAGCAGUUGUUUACCAAGUACUUUGGCACACCUGCGAGCAAAAGUGCUGACAUUGUAGUCCCCACCUUCAGUCUGGGUGUGAGAAUAUUUUUCUUAACAAGCGUCAGCAAGUUGGCCAUUAGAAUGAUAAGGGCCACUGGCCUUGCGUGAGAUAUUUGUGCAAACUUUGGAAAAUUGCACUUUUAUUUCUGAAAAGUAAGAUAAAUAUAGUGAAUGUGUGGGGUUUUUACAGCUUGCAGUGCUCUGGUGAUCUGGUGCACCUCCAGGUUCUUCUGCCAACUGCAGUGCAGCCUACUUCCUGUCAGGACAGGAAGUUGUGAAUAGUCUGAAGGCUGUCUGUGCCCCGACAUAUCCGCCUUUCCUCAUGCUGGGCUCUUAGUGGAUUGAGGGUUCCCCUACCACAGCAACCGACUAAACCACUGCGCUUUUAUUAAGGCUUAUUCCACUCUCUCCAUUUGUUUCAUUUUCUUUUUUCUUUUCUUUUUUUAUGAAUCCCAUUUCCCCCCCCAUUCAUUAUCUUUGGUGCAAAAAAAGUAUUUGUUUUAUAAUUUUUACCUUAGUGUUUGUUGGUAUUUCAUUUUUGAGUAUCUGAUUCUAGGCUGAGUUGUUGUCCCCACAGUGUAGUGCAGGUGUCAGUGUGCUGGAAAUGAGAAAGCAGCUGCUUCCUGCUACACUCAAAUCUCCUUGCUAUUUUAGCAGUGAAAUCCAUACAGUUCCUCUUACAGAGAAGCCGACUAUGCAACAUAAAGACAUGCGUAGGGGCUGUGUAUAGUUACAACACUCAGCUUACAUGAGUACAUUGAGCAGAAUGUGUGUUUAUGGCUUCACCCCAAUGGGCAGUGGUGGGAAAUAUACCUGUAGGUCACAUGACCCUGUGGAAUUCUCCGGAUGAUGUCACCGAAUUGGAUGGCGCGUUGUGGUGAAACAUCUCCCUGGUGGGCCCUAGCCCUAACCUCUGGGCGUGUGACGUCUGAACUGAACAAAGCUUUUGUGCGACAUAGCCACACCAGAUGGCCCCAAGCCCAGGAUUAAGGAGCAGAUUUGCGUAAGAAAAUAUUAAUUUACCACAAGGCCAUAAUCCGGGCCUGAUGAGAGCGGGAGUAAGCGGACGGUGGUGACGAUGUCGGGGGGGGGAAUUCGCUGUUACGGGAGAUUUCACCAUAUUCUCCGCCAGCUCAAGCGUGUGACCUCUGACCUUCUGUCUGUGACUGUUGACCUUAAUCCUCCUCCUGGCAGCAGACGAUUGCUGUGAUGUCACCACACCAGCAGGACAGGUGUGUGCGCACGUGUGUGUGCGCGUACGUGUGUGCGCACGUACGUACGUACGUGUGUGUGUGUGUGUGU